UAGCAUCUCCUUUUUAACCGGUAUUUGCAUAUUGAUUCUGCAGUGAUAAAGGUCUGAAGUCUGUUUCAUAGGGAUAAAAACCUGAUCCAGCUAGAUGUAACUGGUUUUGUGGAUGUGAAGGGGAGGUGACCUUCUGAGAAAGACACACCUGUACACUGCCGCUUGCCGUGUGUGAUGUAACCACUCUGUAGAUUGUCAGCAUUUUCUGCAUUUUAGAUGUCAAGUUACAUGUAUUGCUUCAUUUACACAUGUACAUGUAUGCCUGCUGCCUAACUUCAGAUACAUUUGUGCUCCUUGAUCAGCAGAAUUCGUUGAUGUUAGAUGGUUUCUGCCCUUCACCUUCUUACAAUGGCUGGCUCUCUACACAUUCUCCUAGCAGUAUGUUUGCUGUGUCUAGUUGAGGCAGAGAAGACAACCUUGGAGGAUUACAUCAAUACAUGCAUGGAUGGCAAAAAUCACAAGAGCAAGCCCGGACGUGAGGCUUCGCUAUUUGAUCAGUGUGCUCCCUGGAAGAAUAGAUCAUGUUGUACGCCUGAAGUGACAGAGCAAAUGCAUGUUUCACCAACAUGGCACAAUUUUGAUUGGAACCAUUGCCCAACACAGCUGUCUCCGCUAUGUAGGAAGUUCUUGAUGCAAGACCUGUGCUUCUAUGAGUGCUCCCCUAAUGUGGGUCCAUGGCUGGUGCCUCACAACAUUAGCAUCAGGAACGAAAGGUUUUUGGGUGUACCCCUGUGCAAGACAGAAUGUGACGCAUGGUUUGAUGCCUGCAAAGACGACUUCACAUGCAAAGAUAAUUGGUCCAAGGGCUGGGAUUGGUCAAGUGGAGGUAAUGAGUGUCCCGCUGGUUCAACAUGUCGCACCUUCAGGGAAACUUUCAAGACAGCUGAAUACAUGUGUGAGAAUAUCUGGGGAGGAUCAUUUGAGGUAGUCGCAGACAAUGAGCCCUGCAUGCUUCUGUUUUUCAAUGGUCCCAUCAACCCUAAUGACAAGAUUGCACGAAUGAAGGCAGAGGAGCUGCUGAAUGCUGGUGCAACAGCUUCGCUGCAUGCAUGGAUGCUGCUCAGUCUUACCUUUGCAUCUAUUGGCCUGAUGUCAAGAUAAAUACCAGCGUGGGCUGAGUGGAAACACUGCAGUUACAGGCACUUAUCAUUGGUUGAAUGGACUGCCCAAUUAGUGAGAAAACCUGUGUUAGAAUUGUUGUAAUUUAUGAAGGGACUGAACAUUGGAGAUACGUGUAGAAAGAUGUACAUGUGUAUGUAAGAAGAGAAUGCAGUUGUACAGCAUUUGUAUCCACCCAUCACGGAAGCAAUUCAGUCAGAGGUGCUUUGUACAACCCCAAAAGAGCUGGGUUUCUCGGACCAUCUCUUUUUUAGGAUUUGGUUCCUCACCCAAGAUUUCAGCUAUCCCACACCUGAGGUUUUUAUUAAACGUGGCAUGGAUUUAGAGAUGCUCCCUAUCAGUAAAUAUGUGAAGUUUCAAUUAAUGUGACAAACGGUUUCGUUGUCAUGUUCAUUUGAAUUCCAAGGCCACGUGUGUGCCAGCCCACGUGUAUUUAGUGAAAAGGUAUACUUUUUUGGCUGGCCUGUCUCGGAAAUAUGGGCACUGCAUGAGACCAGUAUGUGUCAAACCGAACACAAAGUUACUGAACAACUCCUAAAGGCUUGGCUUGUGAAACAGAAACCACUGUGGUGACAGUGGGAAAAAAUGUUGACGGGGACAGAUUCGUGGCCUCCGGCUCUUUCAGGGUUGAUACAAUGAAAACAGUGAUGGAAAUUCCGCUUGGCCAUUUUUAUCUCUCCACUUCUUACCGUCACUGAAAUUUCAAACUUUUAAAUCUAUCUUCACCUGUGUAUACAUGUACAUUUUUGGCUCUUGACAUCUGUUGUCAUGUGCUGUCACCUGUCUCUUUAGGAUUCGUACACUUUUUUCCUAGCAGUGACAAAUUCCAGUGACAUAGUUGAGGGCACUUAAACAAUGUUAGUGCUGUGUGCCAUUUCUCUCCUCUGUGCACGAGUAUAUCUUCACUGGUGAUGACUGGAGAGGCUGUGGUGGCAAUCUAAUGUCACUGGUGCCCCGGUCCCAUACCAGUGCCCACUUGUUGAGGACCCUAAGAAUUUCCUAAUUUAUUGGUGUGGUGGUGCAUACUCAGGUCCAGAUGUGCAUGAAGGAGAAUACACACUGGUGUGCCCUCCAAAGGAGAUAAUUCCUUGAAACAAAAGGCUGCAUUCUUUCUUCAUAAAUGAAGCCAAUAGGCUGGUGCUUGUUAAGUCUUCCAAUUGGCAUUAGAAAUGGAUGGUUAGUCAGGCUUUGAUGUCAUUAAGUUCACUGUUUGUAGUCAGUCACACAGGGUGUUGCAUGUGUAAUACGUCAUCAGUGCUUGAAUCCUAAAUCCAUCCUUUCCAUACCUCACCUCGCCGCCUCCAGACCGCCUCCAUAAGUAGCUUCAAUGUUGGAACCUCUGCAGUCUCCUGACGACGGACAGAUGUCGGAAACAUUGAGUGCCCUCCAUUUCUUUUCAGAACCACACAUGCUCAGAAGGAGAUAUAGUUGCAUGGUGCUUCCUCAGACCUCGAUAACUAAUACUUGCUACCAUCACCAUGAAAAGCGUCAACGCUAUCAUCAGUGUUGUUGAGUCUGCAAUGGACUUGAGUGGCUUUUCUAGCAGGAUAGAAGUACAGUAUUGUCAAAGAGGAGACAAAAAUUCAGACUUAUUCUCUUAAAAAGCAUUAGCUGUCACCCAAGUUAAAACCCAAAAAACAACAGAAUUUGAAAAAAAAUCAAAAUGGAAUUCAGUGAUUAUCAUUUGCUUUCUUGUUCAGGAGUGUUCCUGAUCACUAAAAGUGUAAAAGAAGUUUUUGAAAUUGUUCAAAUGUUUUUAUAAUUCUGUCCUUGAAAAUGAGUGAAGAUUGAAUAGUAUGUUUCGUUUGUUAUAGCAACACCAACACAUUGAACAAAUUAUUAUAUUUUACAUCAGAGACUAAAGUUGGUGCAAUUUAAUUGGACGGAUUUUUAAAUCAUUCUCUUAAUUGUGUUUGUUUUGCCCCACCUACUUGUACAUGUAGAUGGCAGUGUUUCGUUUGUGGUGUUACAACUUCUUGAUUACACUUUAUUUAUUGUGUAGCAUUUCUCAUGUCAUGUCUGUAUAAAUAAAAGGGAUUGUUGUAUUCACUCCAUUUGGAAUUGCACAUAUUCAGUAUUACUAUUUAUAAGUAUAAAAAUCGAGAGAUAACUUGUGGACAUAUUAAUUAUGCUUUUGUGAUUUGUACAUGGAAGUGCCUAACAAUCAUUUUCCUUGUCUUAGAAAUUACAUUCAUUCUCUGGAAAGUCAAUAAUUGCAGCAUUUAAAAAUUUGUUUUAUGUUGAUAUUUUCUAAUUUUCUAUUGAGUAUAUCUGAUAAAAACUCUUUUUGAGUAUUUGCAAUUGGCUGUUGUGGAAACUGUAAACUGCUAUGAAAGCGCGCGAGUGUAGAACAUACACAUACAAUCGCAUCUAAGAACAAUUUAGCCCCUCCCCCCGGUGAUUGACAUUCGAUGUUUGUUGAUCUGUAUUGUUACCUACAUUUGCUACUAGUAUGUGGACUCAGUUUUUACUUUAAUUUAAAUUGAAUGGUUUAUAAGCAUGUCACCUUUAAAAAGUAAAGCAUGGAAUCGCACCCUUAGUUAAAACUUGUGAUAAUUGAUUAUUGUUCAGUUGUUUACAUGUAUCAUGUACAAUUUGAACUCUUAUCGGAUCUCCCGUUUUAGAAGGUCCUUGAUAUGAAAUUUCUUAGAAUGCUCUUAUUGUGAACUUUAUACUCUUCUCCAUUGUAUAAAAGUAUUUGACCUUCUUUACCUUGCUCAGAGCGCCCUUCGUCAGCUAUGGACGGGAGUUAAGACAGUUUGUGUCCUUCCUCCAUGGUUAAGGGUACUGAAAAGUGCACAUCUUAAAAUAUUUAAACUUGUCCUUGCUUUUCUGGACAACUGAGGGCGGUGUUUCUAUAAUGCCAGGGAAGGGACAGUUUACAUAUAUACUGUAUAUCUGUGGUUUCUGUUCAAACAUGGAGGAAUGGUUCAAAAUUGUGAACCCAAAUGUGCACAUGACAUUUCCGAGAAAAGGGGUCAGUCUUUGGCGAAUAACAAACAUACGCAGCAGUAAAAUGCCACUGAAACGGAAAGUGAGGGCAGAAAAGUAUCAGACAUUUCAAUAAUUAAGCUUAAAAAUAGCGAACAUAUAUAAAAAAACGUUUGUACAUGUACCUCAGAAAAAGCAUUGAAGUAGAGUUGAUUGAAACACAUGCAGCUAGAUGAAUUUUCAAAGGUUGUAGUAAAAAGAAAUGUAUUGCGUAGACGCGUAAUAAAGAUUAAAAAAGAGUCAAAUGA